AUGGGUCUCCAUGGAGACGGCGGGGGCCCGGCUGGGGGGCGGGCAGCCCGAGCGGGGGCGCGGCGCGCUGGGGGCCUCCGCGGCGGCGUCGCCGUGUUCGCCGCUGUGGCCGCCGUGUUCACCCUCACGCUGCCCCCCUCGGUGCCGGGGGGCGACUCGGGGGAACUGAUCACAGCCGCACAUGAGCUUGGAGUUGCCCAUCCUCCUGGCUAUCCUUUGUUUACGCUGGUGGCUAAACUGGCAAUUCUACUAUUUCCUUUUGGUUCAGUUGCCUACCGAGUCAAUCUACUGUGUGGCCUAUUUGGAGCAGUAGCUGCAGCUUUACUUUUUUUCACCGUUUUCAGGCUUUCUGGCUCAUAUGCUGGAGGAAUCCUUGCUGCGGGGGUGUUUUCAUUUUCUCGUCUAACAUGGCAGUGGUCCAUUGCAGCAGAGGUUUUUAGCUUAAACAAUCUGUUUGUGGGCCUGCUUAUGGCUCUUACUGUACAUUUUGAGGAGGCAGCAACUGCUCAAGAAAGAUCAAAGAUAGCUAAAAUUGGUGCUUUCUGCUGUGGCCUUAGCUUAUGUAAUCAGCACACCAUAGUACUCUAUGUUUUGUGCAUAAUACCAUGGAUUCUCUUUCGACUUUUAAAAGAGAAGGAACUCUCCCCAGGCUCCCUGUUGAAGUUGAGUCUGUGCUUCUCUGCUGGUCUGCUGCCCUAUAUCUACCUGCCUGUCUCAUCCUACCUCAAUCAAGCUCGUUGGACCUGGGGAGACCAGACAACAUUGCUAGGAUUUUUGACACAUUUUCUCAGGGAAGAAUAUGGAACAUUCAGUCUGGCCAAAUCUGAAAUAGGAUCCAGUAUGUCUGAAAUAUUGCUUUCUCAAGUGACAAAUAUGAGGACCCAACUCUCAUUCAACAUUCAGGCCCUUGCAGUUUGGGCAAAUAUAUGUUUAACAAGAAAGGACAGACAGAGCCCAUCAUUAGUAUGGCUUUUUACUGGAAUGUUUUGCGUUUAUUCAUUGUUCUUUGCCUGGAGGGCAAAUUUAGAUAUUUCAAAACCGCUUUUCAUGGGUGUGGUGGAACGAUUCUGGAUGCAGAGCAAUGCAGUGGUGGCUGUCCUUGCUGGCAUCGGUUUGGCUGCCCUUGUAUCUGAGAGUAACCGAAUGCUCAACACCAACGGGCUUCAGUAUCUGGAAUGGCUUUCAGCAAUUCUUUUUGUAACUUGCCAAAUAUAUUCUAACUAUAGCAUUUGUGACCAAAGGACCAACUAUGUGAUUGAUAAAUUUGCAAAGAACCUUCUAUCCUCUAUGCCUCGUGAUGCAAUUAUCUUACUCAGAGGGGAUCUGCCAGGGAAUUCUCUCCGUUACAUGCAUUAUUGUGAGGGACUGAGGCCAGAUAUUUCAUUAGUGGAUCAGGAAAUGAUGACUUAUGAGUGGUAUUUACCCAAGAUGGCAAAGCAUUUACCAGGCGUCAAGUUUCCUGGGAACCGUUGGAAUCCUGUGGAAGGAAUAUUGCCUAGUGGAAUGGUCACAUUUAAUCUUUAUCAUUUUCUUGAAGUAAAUAAACAAAAAGAAACAUUUGUUUGCAUAGGAAUUCACGAAGGCGACCCAACCUGGAAAACAAACUAUUCACUUUGGCCAUGGGGUUCUUGUGACAAAUUAGUUUCUUCAGAGAUUGUAUUCAACCCUGAGGAGUGGAUUAAACUUACGAGAAAUAUCUAUAACUGGACUGAAGACUAUGGAAGGUUUGAUCCUUCUUCCUGGGAAUCUGUGGCCAAUGAGGAGAUGUGGCAAGCAAGGAUGAAAACACCGUUCUUCAUCUUUAACCUGGCAGAAAGUGCAAGUUUGCCUUCAAACGUGAAAGCUCAACUCUACACUCACGCCUAUAACCUUUAUAAGGAGAUUGUCUAUUUACGAAAGGAACACCCAGUGAAUUGGCACAAGAACUACGCCAUCUCCUGUGAACGGAUGCUGCGCCUUCAGGAAAGAAGUGCAGACCCUGAAGUCUUGUUGUCUGAAACCAUCAGACACUUCCGUCUCUACACUCGAAAGGCCCAGAAUGAUCCCCAGCUGGCCGAUAUUUCAGUUGCUCUAAAGCACCUAAGAAAGGAACUACGAAGUCUGAGAAAUAUGAAAAAUGGCUGAGACAGCAAACUGUGAAAAACCAGCUCGGCUUUCAGCUUCCAAAAUUCCCAAGUCCAAAAGUUUUUCCUCCAAGAAAAGAAAUGGCAUUAAAAAAUGAAGACUAAGUCAUCUCCCAGAUAUAAGUAACAUGGUGUCACGGAACUGUUUUACGGCCGAGUUAGAAACUGAGAUGUGCUAUUUCCACAAAUUCUAUUUAGCCUGUGUUACUGAAUUAGCAUUUCAGUGAGAAUAUUUUGAAAAAUCUUCCUUCCACAACCUUUCAUCAAAUGACUUGCUUGAUUAAAUUCUAGAAGAGAAUGAACUAUCUUCAUAUACUUAAAAUAUUGACCAUGAAUCUUAAGGGCCCUGCUUAUUGGGAUUGGUAUUAAAAUUAAAUUCUUAAAAUAUUAAUACCAGACCAAAGACAUUCUCUGGCUCCCAGAAAUGAAAUUUUUAUUAUUAUUUUUUAAUUAAUUUUGUUACACUUCAAGCUAGAGUACUGUUUGGGGUGCAGGGGAUGGGGCGCGGGGGGCGUUGGUUUUCUUUCUUUUAUUUUUUUUUUUGAGUAGCUGUAGUUGUUACAUAAUCUCACACUUCAAACUAAAUACCAACCAGAUGAUAUUUUGAAAAAAGUUAAGGUUUUAUUGUGUUCAAUCAUUCUCUGAAAUCACUAAAAAUGUAAGCUAAUUGUUGUUUGCUUUUUUUUUUUCAGUUGCUUAAACUGGCAAGUAAAAAGGAUUUUGUCUUUCCUUAAUUAAUUUUAUAUUCAUGUUUUACUUCUAUUUGGGCUCAUAAAUCUGGACCCAAUAAUUAGGAGGCUUCCUGCUGCCAAAAAGGGGGGCAUUGGGGGUUCAGGGGUGUGGGGAAGUGGUUCAAUAAAUUCAUUUCUGUUACAAGCAUCUUUUAUACAUAUUACUAAAGAGAACAUAGUAAGAAAUGCAAAUAAUAGUUCUUUAUUUUAUUAUGACAGUUAAUUAAUAGCAACCUGUUUUAAUGAAUAAAGUCACUCAGAGUCCUUCAGCACUUCCUAAGUAGAGGCCUGAAUCUGUAGGGAUUCUUUUCCCCCCAGUUGUAUAGCUCCUAAACUCCAAGCACCAUAUAGGCCCCUGUAUAGAAAUGCUCACUAAUGAAGAGGGAGGGCUAGAAGCUUGUCUGCAUUCAAAGAUCACUGGUGAGUCAUUCAGCAAGAAAAGGCCCCUUACCAGGAAUAGUCACAGUUCCGUGGCAUUGUACUAGCGAAAGGGUCUGAUCAAAGGUCUCCUGUGGAGCUUGCAUGGUUCCCUUUCAUACCACGACCAUAAUUAAAACCACUAAUUCUCUUUUAAAAUGCUGCAGGAUGCCAUGUAGGCAUCUGUCUGGAGUGUCCUUUGUGAUGUCAUAAGCUGUUAAGGACCAGUGCCGAGGGCUUUUGAGUGAAAUGCCAGUCAUGAAGGUGCUUCAAGACAAGGGUGCCUCUAAAAGCUUGACAGGGCCUUGACUGCACAAUUCGAGCUGAAUUUGCCCCUUGUCAGCUGCCAGUAAAUAAAUCUCAAAGGGGGAAAAGCUGAAGUUUCAUUACCUGAUCCAUGGGGCUUUGUUGGUUUUGGCACCACACAGGGGAAGCCCUUGCCCCUCCAUUCUCUGGAUUUGAAGAUGUCCAUCGGAGCCUGCAGCGCCUGGACAGGGUUCAGAGCGGAACCUUUUGAAGAGUGUCAAUAGUUGUAACAGUUCGGCUGUUAGGAAGACAAAUAAAUGGAGGAGCUCAUUAAUCCGCUUUUGGCUCCCAGUGCCUUUUGCCCUUUUAUCACAGCCUUAUUAGGCUCCUACUCAUCUUGAACCAGAAAAAAAUGAAUUGAAGUUGUUGAGUACUAAUUGGCAAAGACUUUUAAUCAUGGGCCAAGAACUUUCACUGACUUGAAAGUAACUUCUCCACAGGGAAGAACCAAAAACCUGGUUUACCUUAAAACAAAAAACCUGUUGGAGUUCAUUGUGGUGUAAAAAUUUAAGGAAGCAUUGAGAAGUUGUCUCAGUUGAUCCAUUUGAAAGAAUUAUGUAAGAUUAUGAUUUCUACUUUUCUUUUUUUUUUCCACUUUUCUUUUUAAGCAGUGCAAUAAAAUUCAUAUACUCAUUC